AGUGGAAAGUGCUAACAAAGUAAGUCUGCUACAAUGAAGGCAAUCAUUACUGUGCUGGCAGUGAUCAGUGCGAUAGUAGACGCCCAGCAAGUUCCUAGCAGGCAUCCUAACCGUGUGGUAGGUGGUCAAGAUGCAGAAGAAAGCUCUGCUCCCUAUCAAAUAUCGCUGCAGCUUGCCGAUAGGGGACACUUCUGUGGUGGUUCCAUUUUAAACGAACGCUGGAUUCUAACUGCUGCCCAUUGUAUUAAAGAAAUAGAUGCAGCAGAUCUCGAGGUGUUGGCCGGCACAAACAACCUGAAGGAAGGUGGCCAACGGUACAGAGUGGACCGACUGUUCUCCCACAGUCGCUACAAUCGUCCACAGUUCCACAAUGAUAUCGCACUGGUACACCUGGCGGCCCCAAUUCAAUUCUCUAGCAAAGUCAAGAGCAUCGAGUACUCAGAACAAGCCUUGCCAGCGAACGUUACUGUGCGAUUGACUGGAUGGGGUAUGCUAGAUGUCUGGGGUCCUUCCCCGACGCAGCUACAGACCAUUGAUCUUCGUACACUAACUAACAAGGAUUGUAAGGCCAAGCUUAUGCUAAACCCGCACAACGUGGACAUCGGACACGUCUGCACCCUGACUAAACAAGGCGAAGGAGCUUGCAAUGGCGAUUCUGGUGGUCCACUCGUGUUCGGGAACAAGCUGGUAGGUGUGGUAAACUUUGGCAUGCCGUGCGCUACCGGAAUGCCGGACAUGUUUGCGCGAGUGUCGUACUACCAUGACUGGAUACGCACCACCAUUGCCAACAAUUCUUAGAUCUG